GCCUAUUUAACGACCAUCAAUUCGGAAGGAACGCUCAGUGCAAAUCUGUGAUUCGUUGUGUUACUAACAGGAACAACCAAAUUGCAUCGCCAACAUGUCUCUUGAAGCUCAAUUCAACGAUGCCGCCGUUAAAGUCAAAAAAUUAAAAGCAAUGCCAAGUAAUGAUGAUUUGCUUGAAUUGUAUGGCUUAUUCAAACAAGCUACCGUUGGUGACAAUACCACAGAGCGUCCUGGUAUGCUUGAUGUAAAAGGUAAAGCCAAAUGGGACUCUUGGACAUCAAAGAAAGGCAUGUCCAAAGCUGAUGCUCAACAAAAAUACAUCGACAAAGUCGAAGCUCUUGUUGGUUCAAUUGGUUUGCAAUAAAUUGGAUCAAUCCAAAACAUAAACUAUUGUUGAGAUGUACACUCAUUUUUUAUACUCUUUUUGUUACAUCACAAAUUUGUUAAAAAAAAAUAAUUUAUACAUGGUUAAAUAAAAAAUAAAAUUUUCACCAAAC